GCGUGGAUCACUGAUGGCGGCAGAGAAAGCACGCUGUGUUCUGGAGCUGUAGAGGCUGUAGAAAGAUGAAAUGGAAAGUAGAAUGAGUCCAAACGACACGAAGGCAGAAUCCUCUGGUUACCAACGAGUCGUUUUGAAGAACGCUUCACCGCAUCACUACCUGAAAGUCCGCCUGCUGCUGGAGGAUGAGACAUGCAGAGUGAGCUCUGUAGAACUGAAGAGCUUCAUCAUCACCUGCCUGAAGGGUCUGCAUGGAGAGGUUGGAGCCGCGUUAGACGUCGGUGUGCUGAAGUACGAGGAGGAAACGCUGACCGCUCUGCUGCGUGUUCAAAGCAGAGGUUUGGUGAAGCUGUGGAGCUCCCUGACACUGCAGGGGUCCUACCAGAACCAGGCCUGUGCCUUCAGGGUUCUGCAGGUCAGCAGACCAUAGAUCGAUCUGUCCGUCUGUCUGU